GUCGCGAGCGCUGUUGUUUUGCGUCCGCGUCGCAAGCGAAGCGAUAACGGCGCGCUCAGAUACAGGACGGCACGAGACACAAACCCAGGAGCGAGAGCUGGCCGCGCUUUGAGCCGAGUGUCGACGGAAAACAGAAAAUUAACGCAGGGACCGCAGAGGAGCGCCUCGGCUCGCGCAAGCUGUUUCAUGUUUUGAAUCAUUUUGUUCUUUUAUCAGAGGACAGAGGAGGGAACGACAACCUUAAUUCCGGUUGAUGGUUUUAUCCGCAGUGCUUCAGCCAAGCAGCCAACCGGGGAGCAGAAUGUCAAGACAGCAGCAGCAGCAGCACCGGACGCCGUUAAAACUCACCGACAACGUGGUGGAGGUCAAGAGCAAAUUUGAGGCAGAGUACCGUCGCUUCGCUCUGAAGAGGAACGGCCCGGGUGGCUUCCAGGAGUUCUACCGCCUCCUCCAAACCAUCCAUCACAUCCCCGGUGUUGACGUGCUGCUGGGAUACGCCGACGUCCACGGAGACCUCCUUCCAAUCAACAAUGACGACAACUUCCACAAAGCUGUAUCGUCAGCCAAUCCGCUGCUCCGCAUUAUCAUAACUAAGAAAGAGGAUGAACCUGUCGUUUUUGCCACCAACUCCCUUCAGAGGCGUAAAAAGGGGCUGGGCUUAACCGGACUGCGCACUGCUGGCUCAGGCUCCACCCACUCAAAGAACAAACCAGGACUUAUGAUCGGCCUGCCACAGAACUUCAGGCAGAUCUCAUCCAUUAUCGAUGUGGACAUCUUACCUGAGACGCACCGGCGCGUACGACUUCACAAGCACGGUACCCACAAACCACUGGGCUUCUACAUCCGUGAUGGGGUGAGCGUGCGGGUGACACCACAGGGCGUAGAGAAGGUUCCAGGGGUGUUCAUAUCUCGUCUGGUACGUGGUGGACUUGCAGAGAGUACAGGGCUACUGGGAGUUAAUGACGAGAUUCUUGAGGUGAACGGCAUCGAUGUAGCAGGAAAAUCUUUGGAUCAGGUUACAGACAUGAUGGUGGCCAACAGUCACAACCUCAUUGUGACUGUGAAACCAGCUAACCAGAGGAACAAUGUGGUGCAUCGUGGGAGUAAAACCUCAGUGGGCAACUCUGGCUCUGUAGGCUCAGCUGGAUCUACAGGCUCUGCUUUGUCACAUGACUCACCAAGCCCUGCCUCUCUGAGCAACCCCAUUACUGCAAGCAACAGCAUUGCAGAGGGUGACAGUGACGAUGAGGAUGAUGAUGGCGACCUCAUUCUGGAGAACGACUGUCUGACCCCCUACGACUCCCAUCGGGUAACCAAUAGUAACAACACUAACCUCAACAGAGACUCACCUAGCAACAAGCUGCACAACUCCACUGGGGUUAGGCCCCUUCCACAGAGCAUCUCAUUGCCAAAUAGCGUUGGAGCAUCCCUGAGUGACAGCUCCGUGAUGAUGUCCAGUCACAACGGAAACACAGCCAGUAGCAGUCAAGAGAGCAUGAGAGAGGACGGCAACAUAAUAACACUGUAACCGUGACAACGCUGACAGUUACACUGUAGCAGUGAGGACUAUGGAAUGUUACAACCACAGAAUGCUGUAACCAUGACAACAACAACAGAUAGCUGUGCUCCCCGUCACCCAGAUAACAGACUCAGCAGCAGCUUUUCUGACAAAGUUUCUUCCUGUUGGUUCGCCGAUAGUUACUCUGCGUCCUGAGUCUGACAGGUUAGAAACACUGACAGCACUGCGCAGAUACAGGACCAAGGAUUCUGCUAGUUUCCUACCCUUUUCCAGCAUUGGUGGAUCAAAGGUUUUCACAAUCUACAGGCAUAACAACACUGACUUUUUAUAUGUCUGCAACAUGUGGCUGAAGUAAUGUACAGAGCUGAAUUGUCUGGUUCUGUAAGCAAAAAGAUCAUUUAUAUUUACCCCAGGGAAAUGAUUUAAAUGCCAUAAUGUAUUAACUGGUCGAUAUGGAUUUACAAAGAGCAACAAGAUUGAGAAAUAAUUGUAAAUGCUCCUGUAAAAGCCAUAACUCAGUUUGAUGUCCACAUAUUUAGGAAAUCAUCUUUAUUCCAAAAUUACUUGUGAAGUACUGCAAAAUCUGCAACCCUACAGUUGCACCAAUCAGAGACAUCACUGUUCACUGCAGGAUAGCUGGCUUGUUGAGUACAACAAGACGGUGACCGAACAAUGUAAUUUAAUCUGAGCCCUAUUUUCAUGGCUCCAUAAAGACCAGCGCAAGCGGCGCUGCGACACUUUCGUAUCUUCCUGACCUUGAAAUUUUCUUUGCCCGUCUGUGUGAUAUUUUGGUGCCCAGCGCAGAGCUCACAGGUCAGACAUUCAUUCAAUUGAGAGAGCGUAAAGAGAGUUGUUGGAAUUUUGAUGGAACAUGUGUCUCAGACGUGACUGAGAACAGACGUCUCAGAAGCACGUCUGUUUCUGGAGCAGAGUCCCUCCACUGGCGAUCUGGCGAUUUUAUCAACAAGAGCAAAUUGAAUAGUUGGAGCAAAAGCACAACAAUAACCGAAUAAUGUUAAAACAUUCAGUAUACUGUUUCAACUAAUUAACUACUACAUGCAUCAUAACCAGUAGAUUUAAUGCAAAGUGAAAGUUUAAUGUGAUCAUAGCCAGUCAGUAAUCAGGAAAUCAGUCUCCAUGGAUCCAUAAAUGAAUCGGAGCGAUCCUUACAGUAUCUGUUGUCCACAGCUGCUCGGAUGUUGCUGUAUGAAAAGUUUCUUCUUCAUUUUAUGAAAUCCCCGCAGCAUCUUUUGACAAAUCUGCAGCCUCUGAUUGGUGAUGCGGUGCUCAGAGCAUAGCUGUUUCAGAGCUAUGAGAUCAGUGUUGUAAUUGGCUGAGAGUCUAUUUAUUAAUCACCACACCCUCUGGUCUACACCCAUCAGCCACAACAUUAAAACCAGGUACCGGUUUUAAUGGUUUGGCUGAAUAGUUUAUAUAUACAGUACAUGUAUAUACUGUUGAUAUACAUUCAAACAUUCAAACUGGCAACUGUUUGUAAUGUUGUGGCUGACGGGUGUAGAUUCACCUUCACCCAGCCCUUUGGCACUUUGCACUGCUGUACCUACAUGGACCAGAAUAGCUGGUGGAUCUGCCCACAGUCUGUAAGCCCAAGAUCUACCACUUCGCACUGGUCAUUGUGCUUGCAACAUCGAAAUAAUGGCUUCAGUGGGCUAUAAAUCACAAAACACCAAAAUACAUACAGGACAGCAGAACCGAGAAAAUGGGUGAAACCACUGAAACGAAAGGGAUUCAGAUAUAUUUGCAAUACUUGCUAUUUUUUAACUUUCUUUUUAAAUUCCUUGUAAUUAUUAUAAUUUUUUUUUCACAAAAUCAUUUCUCAUACAAUAUAAUACAUGAUUCAUCUCAUGGGUUUAAUUCAAGACUUAAAAUAUAUAGCGAUUUUUCUGAAACAUAUAAAUAAAAGAAGUGGAAUAUUUGGUUCCAUUACACACAUUACUGAAUAAAAAGGGUGGUCAGCUCUACUAUAUUGUUAGACUAGAUAAGAUAUAGCAUUUACAGUCUGGCAUUGCAAAUAUGGAAACAUGGUUACUGUGAAUCAAAUAUGUCACUCUUAUGAUUUUUAAAUUAUUUCUGCAACAGUUAUUCAGAAAAACCGGGUGGGGAGAUGGAACGGCGUGUUAAAUCGGUGAUGCAGGUAUACAGUCAUUAUUUUGAAGGAGCUUCACACUAAAUUUAAGAAUCUAAGAAUCAGACAGAGGCAUCAGUUCCCCUCCUCGAUCAGAGAAACUAGAAUAACAUAUACACAUACACAGGUGUAGUAGAUGCACACUACACCACACUCGGGGAGCAGAGGUCAAAAUAAGGAAACGCCUGUCAUGUUUGAACAGUCUGGGAUCAGUGCAGUAUGGGACACAGGGAGUUCUAAUAAUCUUAUCUGGGUCAUAUAAAGCUGUGUGUGCUUGCGUGUGUGUGUGCGUUCGUGUGUGUGAGGCCCUCGUCUUUGUUGUUGCAGCUCUGGGGGUAUUGCCUUACAGUCAGAAAUGUUGGCUGACUCCAUCACACACUGCACUCUUUCUUUACUGUCGCCCUCUGUCUCACGUUCUGCUUCAAAUUACACCAAAAUGCUUUUGGUCCCACCGUCAAACUGAAUCAAUGUCACCAUCAUGGUUACGAAGCAUUAUCAGCUAUAUGAUGCACAAAUGAUCAUGACUCCUCUCUGUUGGCUCGGCCAACCUGUCCCCACCACAGCUUCGCUAUAUGCUAAAGGAUGCUUUCAAUUCAUUCGUCAGAAACAAAAUAGCCGUAAUACACUAAUAGAGAUAUUAUACAGAGCUCCGUAGUCUGCCUGUGUUCAGUGUCCUCUGACAACCUGAAUGGUUUUUUGUGUUUAUGUUCUGUCGUGACCUUGACUCAAGCAAACGUUAUAGACAUAGCAGCCAUCUAAAGGCGUCCUGUGGAGUUUUCUUGUAAACAAACAAGUUUUGCACUGAAGGUCUAACAGAUGUGCUGCGUGCAUAUCCUUCCUCAUCAAACAUUUACAAAGUCAAAUUUUAAUUCUAAACUUUAAUUUUGAAAGUAUUUUAAACCCUGCUUCGCUUUCCUCCAUGGUAGUCUUCCGAUUCGCUGGGAAUGUUGGGUCUCUGUAAAUAUGAUUACAAAGAGCAGGGUCUAGACCUGCUCUAUAUGAGAUAACUUCUGAUGCAAUUUGGCGCAACAUUACGUCAGAUAAACAAAACGGGGACCCACUCGUAAAAAAAUCGCUCCACAGCACUAUUUGAGGUCAAAAACUCUACAGGGAGCCUUUAAUAGGCUGAAAGAAGCGUCUUUUUUUACCUUUUCACUUGUGAGCACAUCCUAACUAACUAACCAGCGAUUCAAGUCGGUCUGGUCUUGGGCUCACUGAUUUCUGAGCUUGGCAGAGGGGAUUACAAAUGGGUCCUACACAUUCAGCUUUGUAGGACGACAUCUAUGAAAUAUACUGACAGGAAAGUGGCAGCCAAAAUGAGAUGGACACCGUCCUGUUCCUACUGGAGGUGUGUGAACAACACACGUUCUGCUCCUGUUCCAUAUAUUUCACAGCUAAACCGUAAAAUUCCACAGAAUGGCCCUGUAGAAUUACCAAAUAAAAGGUUGGCUAUUGUUUUUUCCUGUGGGAGACAAACUAUUUCCAGCCUGGCCUGAUCCUAGUACAAGUCUGCGUGUUCCACUUUGUGUGCAGGAAAAAUACAUUUAAAUCCACAGUUAAAAAGAUGAUGGAGCUUUCCUGCUAAAGCAGAGCUGCCAUGGAGGCACAAGUAGACGCCCUUCUCGCAGGAAGACCUGUUCAGUUCACUGAUUCCGGAAAGAUGAAUCGAGUCCACCUAACCUGAAUAUAGCUCGUCAAAGUUUGAUGUCAGCAGCUGCUUAAUAGACACGCACGCACACGCAUACACACAAAGCGAGAGAGAGAGAAACAUAAACACACAAUUUUUCAUUUUAAUGUACGUUAAUGUAAAAUCUAAAAUCUAAAUGUAAAAUUAUGAAACAAGGGAGAUUUUCGUUACCUGGGAGAAGUUUUUAUGUAAGAGAACAUUUUAUAAUAUGUGUAAAAUAUUGAGAGUAUUUUUCUUAUUCUUGUACUUUUAAAUUGUACUUGAGAGGAGAUGGGUUACUGAGACCAGUGUGUGUUUGUGUGUGUGUGGUACGUUGCCACUGAAUGUGUCAACAAAUGCACAUAGUGUUUGGUUUGUCUGUUAGCCAAUGUGGUUCCAGUAGCUUCAUUAAAGAUGAAGGAGGUCCUUUUCA